AUGAAUUACGAAACCUCUGAAAUCAGAAAACCAGGUCCAAAGAGGAAGUUGACAAGGUUCCAUGAGUUUUUAUUAACACUUCUCAGACUAAGACUUUCUGUUCCCUCCUUUUUGAUUGGUGAUUUGUUUGGUGUAUCAGAGACACGAGUAUCACAAAUAGUGUGUACAUGGAUAAACUAUAUGUUCCAGGUUUUUAAACCUCAACUGAAAUGGCCAUCACUACAGAGUAUCAGAAAACAUAUGCCAAGGUCUUUCAAACAGACAUUUCCUCGUACAAGAGUCGUCAUAGACUGUACUGAAAUAUUCAUUCAAAAGCCAAGGACACCUACUGCUCAAAGCCAAACGUACAGCAAUUACAAAGGACAUAAUACCUUUAAAUGCCUUGUUGGUAUAACUCCUACUGGUGCGUUUUCUUAUGUAUCUGAAUUGUGGGGUGGCAAUGUGUCUGACAGGUACAUUACAGCCAAUAGUGAUUUCUUGGAUUUGAUAUCUGCUGGAGAUGAGGUGAUGGCUGAUCGGGGUUUCAUCAUCAGAGACUAUCUAUUGGAGCGAAAGGCAAAGUUGGUCAUACCACCAUUUACACAUAAAUGUGGAUGGGGAAAAGGAAAACGGUUAAAUGCGAGUGAGAUUCGGAAAACAAGACAGAUAGCAAAACUACGAAUUCAUGUGGAACGUGCUAUACAACGUUUGAAAUCAUAUAAACUGUUAUCUGGCAUUUUACCAAUCAACUUAAAGCCAAUUGCAAGCCAGAUUCUUGUUGUUGCUGCAUUUCUAUGCAAUUUGUCAAAACCUCUUGUGAAAAAUUAA